AUGGCAGACGGCGUAGACGUCCCUCAAAUCAAGAACCUCUACUCGGAGGCGUGGAAGCAGCAGUAUUCGGAUCUGCGGCUGUCCACGAAACAGACCGAGUCCUGCGGUCUCGCGGCGAACAUUGAGUACAUCGCGGCACCGUGGGACGUCGGUGGAGGUGGCGUUCUGGGCAUCCUGCGUUUGGCGGACAUUGGUCGCAACCCCGCAGUUGCAAAGAUCAAGGGCCACACCGCUUCCAUUCAAGACACGAACUUCAGUCCCUUCCACCGCGACAUUCUCGCCACCGCGUGCGAAGACACGAUCGUCCGUAUUUGGCAGCUGCCUGCGGAGUUCUCCGGCGGCCUGGAAGUGAAGGAUCCCGUCGCGUCCUUCACCGGAGCCCUCAAGAAGGUUUUGUCCGCCGAGUGGAAUCCCGCUACGUCUGGCGUUCUUGCCUGUGGCUGCUUCGACGGCUCCGUUGCCUUCUGGAAUGUUGAGAAGGCAGAAAACUUUGCCACUGUGAAGCUUCAGGACUCUCUCUUGAGUUCCAAAUGGAGCUGGAAAGGAGACUUGGUCGCAUGCACGACGAAGGACAAGAUGCUGAGUAUCGCAGACCCGCGGCACGGCAAAGUCGUCGCGUCCGUGACCUGCCACGAAGGCUCGAAAGCCUGCAAAUGCACCUGGCUGGACGGCUUGUCUGGGUGCGAGGGCCACGUCAUGACGACUGGCUUCGGGAAGAUGCAGGAACGCGAGAUGGCGAUUUGGGACACCAGAAAGAUGGACAAGCCCGUCCAUCACCAGGAGAUCGAUCGAGGCACUUCGCCUCUGUAUCCGACUUACGACGAAACAACCGGCAUGAUCUACGUUUGCGGCAAGGGUGACUCGACGUGCCGGUACUACCAAUACUACGGCGGCAUGGUGCGUUUCGUGGACGCAUACAGAUCCAGUGCGCCUAUAAAGAACUUUUGCUUCAUUCCCAAGUUGGCGGUGGAUCAGAUGCGCGCGGAAAUCGGCCGCAUGUUGAAGCAAGAAAACAACAACGUGCUGCAGCCCAUCUCCUUCAUCGUCCCGCGAAAGAACCAGGACGUCUUCCAAGCAGAUCUCUAUCCUCCCGCGCCGGAUAUCGAACCCGCCAUGACGAACGAAGAGUGGUUUGCCGGUCAAGACAAGGCGAUUCGAAGACGCUCCGUGAAGCCAGGUGAGGACUGGACUCGCGAUGCCGUUGCCGCUGGCCAGACGCGGCGCAUGACCAUCGAGCAUGCGGCGAGCUCAGGGCCUGCCGGCGUAGGCGCCGCAGCCGGAGCCGCAGGCGGAGCCGCAGCCGCAGCCGACGACAAGGAAGUCCAACGCCUCCAGUCCGAAAUCGUCUCGCUCAAGUCGCAGGUUGCGGAGGUUGAGAAGCUCCGACGAGAGAACGCGGACUUGAAGGCGAAGAUCAGUGAACUCGAAUCGCGCCCCGCUGCGGCGGUGGAGUCCACUCCGAAGGAAGACCCCGCAUUGAAGGAGCUGCAGCGGGAGAACUCCGACCUGAAGGCCAAGAUCAGGGAGCUGGAGUCGAGAGUCGCGGAUCUGGAGGAGGAGCUUAGUUCUGCAAAGGCCACGAACGCGCAGCAGGAGGGUCGCCUGCGCACUGUCGAGAGCCGCUUCAUCGCCGCUUCUAAGGGUCAACAGAAAGAAAAGGAGAGGAACGAAGAGCUUCAGCGACGCGUGGACGAACUGGAGGCGAAAAACCGCGAGCUGAAAACGCAAAUGGAGCAGGCGCAAGGCACGCUCCACCGAGCUGCGACGCUUUCGGGCCUCGAUAGCGACAUGAAGCUCGAACUCAAUGAGAUGCGUGACUUCUUCCGAGACAUUCUUCAACAGACCCAAGACGAAUUAUAA